AUGUUUGGCGGUCUUUACCCUGAAACAGGUGGUUAAGAAUUAUUAUCUGACCUUACUUUAGAAAAAAUAGAUUAUGAUUGGAUUGAAAAAUAGAAUAAGCCUAAUUUCUUAAAGAAAGCUAUUAAAUUAAUUGAAGAAGAUGGUAAUUACUUUGUCGAGUUAAAGGAAGCAUGCAUUCAAAAACUAAGAAAGUUAGAUCCUUCUAAAGCUCCUAAGGUGUUUGACAACAAUGUUAGUGAUAAAGAAAAACAAACUUUAGAAUCUGACAUUUAUAAAUGGGAAGAGGAACUUUAAAAAAAGGAACAACAAAAAGAAAAAGCAGCAAAGAUUUUUGAGAUUGAAUAGCAAAUUUAGCAAAAUGAGACAUUGACUGAAGAAUAAAAAAAAGCCAAAGCAGAAAAUGAAAAAAACAAAGGAAAUGAAGCUCUUAAAUCAAAAGAUUUUAAAGAAGCUAUUGAAUAUUACACAAAAAGUAUUGAAUAUGAUCCAAAAUUAGCAGCCUCUUAUUGCAACAGAGCUUUAGUAUAUUUAAAGUUAAAGGAAUACGAUAAGGUUAUAAAAGACUGCAACAAAGCCAUAGAAAUAGAUCCUAACUAUCUAAAGGCUUAUCACAGAAGAGGAAAAGCUCGUUUUGCAUAGGAUAAAGUUUACGAGGCUUACAGCGAUUUUAAGUUUAUCAUGGAAAAAGACCCAGAAAACAAAGAAGUUAAUGGAGAUCUUAAGGAAUGCUAAGACUUACUUAAAAAAUCAAAUACAAAUCCUGAAAAAGGCUUUAAGAGAGUUUAAAUUGUAGAAGAAGAGGAAGAUGAUGAUGAAUAAGAAUAAUAAUAAUAAUAAAAUAACACUGAAAAGCUUGAUUUAGAGAAAAAGAAAUUCUAUGACGAUUAAGUUAAUUAAAUAGAAUCUUAAAAAGAAGUUGCAAAUGCUCAUAUUAAGAAUGGUCUUUUUGAUAAUGCGUUACAAAUUUUACAAACUUGCAUUUCAAAGUUGACUUCAAUUGGAUCAUUCUCAGCCUCAGCAGAAGACCAAAAUGAAUAUCAAAGAAAAAUGGCUAACUAUCUUAAUAAUGUUGCUUUGUGUUACAAGCAAUUAGAUGAUAACAAAAGUGUAAUUAAUUACACCAAUUAAGUUAUCUAAAUGAAAAAAGUUCUUUCUCCAGACGUCUUGGUAAAGGCUUACUUAAGAAGAGCUAUGGCUUAUGAAAGGUUAGAGAAAUAUAAAAGAUCUUUCAGAGAUUUCCUUAAAGUUAAGCACUUAGACCCAGGCAAUUUAUAAUCUUCUUAAGGUAUGAGAAGAGUAUAGUAAUGCUGUCAAUAUGACAAAGAAGUUCUAAGUGAAUCAGAAGAUGAAAGCGAAAAUAAGCAAGAAACAACUUCCACUCAAAACAAAAGUUAAGUAGAGAUUGUGGAAGAAGAAGAAAUGGUUCUUGUAAAAAAGAGCGAUAGUAAAUAAAAUGAAACCACUAACACUGAAACAAAGGUAAAGUAAAGUGCAGAAGUUAGUAGUAAAUAAGAUAAAUUGGAUCGUCUCAGUAAAUUAAAGGAAGAGGGUAAUGCACUAUUCACCUAAAAAGAUAUUGAAGGUGCUCUCAAAAAAUUUAGAGAAGUUGCUUUAGAAAUAGAAGUCAACUACUCCUAGAGACUAAAUAAAAAAGAUCCAGUAGUUAUUUAAUUAUAUUUAUAAGUUCUUAGCAAUCAAUCUCUUUGCUUAUUAAGCUAAAAGAAGUAUGAAGAUGUAGUAAAAUGUACUACUUCUGCUUUGUAUUAUCAAGAAGAAAACAUUAAAUGUUUAUACAGAAGAGCCUAAGCAGUAAGAGCUUUGGGAGAUGCAAUAAGUGAAGAAAAAACUAUUGAAAAUUUGAAAUUAAAAUAUGAAAAAUACGAAAAGGCUCGUAAGGAUUUAGAAAAGGUAAACCAACUUGACAGCAACAACCCUGCUGCUAAGCAACUCCUUUAAGAAAUUUCUAAGCUGGGAAUUGAAGUCAAGCUCUCAUUGAGACACUUAGAAACUGAAAAAUUAAACUAGAAAAACUAAGAACAACAAUAAGAAUUAGAUUAGCCCAUAAAAACUGAAUAAACAGCAAAAAAAGAAUCUGAUUAAAAUUAAAUUACAUCUAAUCUUACAACUUAAGAUAUCAAUAAAAUUACAGAAUAAGCACUUCAAUCAGCUGCAGAUAACAUGUUAAACGACUUCAAGCUCCCUGAGAAUUCUACAGUGUUUGAAAAAGACUUUAAUUAGCUCAAAAAUAACCGUGAUAAAUUUUAUGCCUAUAUUAAGCAGAUCCCUGGCGACCACUAUGCAAAGAUUUAUGAUAAAAAUGACAUACCUUCUAAUAUUUUAUUGGCUAUCGUACAAGUUCUUUAAGAAUGUGGAAUUGGUGAUAAUAAAGAGAUGUGCCAAAAUAUUGUAAGAGGUCUAACAAAGACAUCGAAAUUUAAUCUUUGUGUUAAAUUUUUAACCAAAAAAGAAAAAAAAGGAGUUAAGGAUUUGCUAGAAGCAAUAGACCUUGGAUAAGCUACAGAUUUACUAGAAAUAUUUAAAUUGUGA